AUGCCUUCUCAAAGGGAAACAACAUCCUUCUUUAAUGGUGGAGCUGGAGUAAGUAGCACUGGAUUUGAUCAAAGUUCAGGAACACUGGGAGGUUCAGGGUUUGAUUUUGGAACGGGAGGAUCAGGUGGAGUGUCAGGUUCUGAUUCAGGAUUUGGAGACUCUGGAUUUGAUUCUGGGACAGGUGGAUCAGGGGGAUUAGGACUUGAUACAGGGGCAGGUGUACCACUUCCAGGAACUGGAGGCUCAGGUUCAGAUGCAGGAUUUGGCAGCUCAGGUUUUGAUUCUGGGGUGAGUGGCUCAGGAUUUGGCUCUGGAACAGGUCUGGGACUUGAUACUGGAGCUGGAGGUUCAGGGUUGGAUACUGGUGGUGUGCCACUCCCAGGAUUUGGGGAUUCAAGUUCCAGUGCAGGAACUGGUAGCACAGGGUUUGACUCUGGAAUAGGAGGCUCAGGAACAGGACUUGGAUUUGAUACUGGAGCUGGAGGUUCAGGGUUGGAUGCUGGUGGUGUGCCACUCCCAGGAUUUGGAGAUUCGGGUUCCAGUGCAGGAACUGGUAGCACAGGGUUUGAUUCUGGAAUAGGAGGCUCAGGAACAGGACUUGGAUUUGAUACUGGAGCUGGGGGAUCAGGGUCAGAUGCUGGUGGUGUGCCACUCCCAGGAUUUGGGGAUUCAGGUUCCAGUGCAGGAGCUGGUGGCUCAGGGUUUGAUUCUGGAGCAGGAGGCUUAGGAUUUGGGGAUUCAGGUUCUAGUGCAGGAGCUGGUGGCUCAGGGUUUGAUUCUGGAGCAGGAGGCUUAGGAUUUGGGGAUUCAGGUUCCAGUGCAGGAGCUGGUGGCUCAGGGUUUGAUUCUGGAGCAGGAGGCUUAGGAUUUGGCUCAGGAACAGGACUUGGAUUUGGUACUGGAACUGGGGAAUCAGGGUCGGAUGCUGGUGGUGUGGCACUCCCAGGAUUUGGGGAUUCAGGUUCCAGUGCAGGAGCUGGUAGCACAGGGUUUGAUUCUGGAAUAGGAGGCUCAGGAACAGGAUUUGGAUUUGGUACUGGAACUGGGGGAUCAGGGUCGGAUGCUGGUGGUGUGCCACUCCCAGGAUUUGGGGAUUCAGGCUCCAGUGCAGGAGGAGCCAGUGGCUCAGGGUUUGACUCUGCAGCUGGAGGUUUUGGUAGCUCAGGAACUGAUUCUGGCGUAGGAGGAUUUGGUGGUUCAGGAUUUGAUUCUGGAGCAGGUGUGCCACUUCCAGGAACUGAUACUUCAGGCUUUGGAUCAGGGGGAUCAGACUUUGGGUCCUCAACAGGAGGCUUUGGUGGAACAGAUUUUGAUUCAAAAGAUCAGGUACUACAGGAGAAUCAGGAUUUGGAGGAAGUGGUUCAUCAGAUUCAGGAUGGAUUUGGCGGAAGCAGUUCAACAGAUUCAGGAUUUGGUGGAGGAUUUGGUGGAAGUGGUUCAUCAGAUUCAGGAUUCGGUGGAGGAUUUGGCGGAAGUGGUUCCUCAGAUUCAGGAUUUGGUGGAGGAUUUGGCGGAAGCAGUUCCUCAGAUUCAGGAUUUGGUGGAGGAUUAGGCGGAAGCAGUACAACAGAGUCAGGAUUAGGUGGAGGAUUUGGUGGAAGCAGUUCCUCAGAUUCAGGAUUUGGUGGAGGAUUUGGUGGAAGUGGUUCCUCAGAUUCAGGAUUUGGUGGAGGAUUUGGCGGAAGUGGUUCCUCAGAUUCAGGAUUUGGUGGAGGAUUUGGUGGAAGCAGUUCAACAGAUUCAGGAUUUGGUGGAGGAUUUGGUGGAAGCGGUUCCUCAGAUUCAGGAUUUGGUGGAGGAUUUGGUGGAAGCAGUUCAACAGAUUCAGGAUUUGGUGGAAGUAGCUCAUCUGGUUCAGGAUUUGGUGGAACCGGUUCAUCAGAUUCAGGAUUUGGUGCAGGAUUUGGUGGAAGCGGUUCCUCAGAUUCAGGAUUUGGUGCAGGAUUUGGUGGAAGCGGUUCAUCAGAUUCAGGAUUUGGUGGAGGAUUUGGUGGAAGUGGUUCAUCAGAUUCAGGAUUUGGUGGAGGAUUUGGCGGAAGCAGUUCAACAGAUUCAGGAUUUGGUGGAAGUAGCUCAUCUGGCUCAGGAUUUGGUGGAAGUGGUUCCUCAGAUUCAGGAUUCGGUGGAGGAUUUGGCGGAAGCAGUACAACAGAGUCUGGAUUAGGUGGAGGAUUUGGCGGAAGCAGUACAACAGAGUCUGGAUUAGGUGGAGGAUUUGGCGGAAGCGGUUCAUCAGAUUCAGGAUUUGGUGGAGGAUUUGGCGGAAGCAGUUCAACAGAUUCAGGAUUUGGUGGAAGUAGCUCAUCUGGUUCAGGAUUUGGUGGAAGCGGUUCAUCGGAUUCAGGAUUUGGUGGAGGAUUUGGUGGAAGCAGUUCAACAGAUUCAGGAUUUGGUGGAAGUAGCUCCAUGGUUUCAGGAUUUGGUGGAAGCGGUUUAUCAGAUUCAGGAUUUGGUGGAGGAUUUGGCGGAAGCAGUUCAACAGGUUCAGGAUUUGGUGGAAGUGGUUCAUCAGAUUCAGGAUUUGGUGGAGGAUUUGGUGGAGGCAGUUCCUCAGAUUCCGGAUUUGGUGGAAUUUGGUGUACGGGAUUUGGGGCGGGGUUCGGAGACAGUACUUCAGGAUUUGGCACCACUUUUGGUGGCAGUAGCUCCGGAGAUUCAGGAUCUAGUGGGUUAGGUGGGUCUGACUUUGGCAGUGGGUUUGGUAGUGGAUCGGGGUUUGACAGCGGAUUUGGGGGAAGUAGCUCUUCAAGUUCUGGAUUUGGCAGCUCCUCUGGCUCAGGGUUUGAUAGUGGAUUUGGAGGCGGCAGUUCAGGGUUUGGGGGAAGUGGCUCAGAAGGAUCAGGGUUUGGUGGAGGAUUUGGAGACAGUAGUUCAGGAAGUUCGGGGUUUGAUGGGGGGUUUGGAAGUUUUGGUGGGGGAAGCUCGAACACAGGGGUCCCUUUACCUGGAAUAAGUGCCGGGUUUAGCUCAAAAGAUGGACUAUCAGCAAAUGAGGCUGGCUCUGACUCGGGUACAAGUUCCCCUGGGAGUACUAUUCCUGAAGUACCGUUGCAAGGGCCACCAUUUCCAUCAGAUGUAUCGGCUGACACAGGGAAUGCCAUAAAUGGAAAGGCUUCUGAUCAACCCAAAAAUACUAGUGUCUUUCCGUUUUUUGAGCAAGGCCCACCUGAGCUUGUCUCCGAACAAGCUGCAGGUGGGCGUAAUCUCCCACUUGACCCCAUAGUGAGUGAAAGUAACUCAGACACAAACACUAAAGUCGAAAUCCCCCCCAACGAUCUUGAAAUCACUAACAACGAAAUUCAUGGCGAUACACCAACUACAACUGAAGCCCAAGAUGUAGUGAAAGUCUAUUACGAUAUUUAUGGAAUCAAAAUGCUCAAAGAUGAUGCAGCUUUUCCAGGGAGAAGGUCACCUACUCCAGCAAAUUUAGAGCUUCCAGAGGCAUAA